GAUAAAAAAAUUUUUUUUUUUCACGGUUUAUUAUUUACUCAAUCAAGCUAAGAUGGGAAAAAGAAAAGCAAAUAGUAAAAAUGUUGAUAAAGAUGAUCCUAUGGAUGUUUCAGAAGGGGAAGUGAAUGAGGAAAGAGUAUCUGACGAAGAAAAUGGGCAUUCAGAGGAAGAAUUAGUUGAUGUAGAUUUUGACUUUUUUGAUCCAAAAGAGAUAGAUUUUCAUACGAUAAAACAAUUAAUGAUACAAUUAUUUUCGUCAGAUGCAGAAUUAUUUAAUUUAAGUGAACUAUCAGAAUUAAUUAUAAACCAACCAUUAUUAGGUACAACUGUUAAAGUUGAUGGUACUGAUUCCGAUCCUUAUGCUUUACUCACAGUAUUAAAUAUGAAUGAACAUAAGAAUAAAGAGUGUAUAAAACAAAUAAAGAAUUAUUUAAUAGAAAAGACAAAGAAACUUACAAAUUUGAAUGAAAAGUUAGUUGAAUUAUUAAAAGAUACCUCAAAAAAUAAUAUUGGACUAAUAUUAAGCGAAAGAUUAAUAAAUAUGCCGGUACAGAUUGUUCCUCCAAUGUAUAAAAUGUUACAAGAAGAAAUUCAAUGGGCUAUCGAGGAUAAUGAGCCAUAUGAAUUUGAAUGGUAUCUUAUUAUAACCAAAACAUACAGAGAAAUUGCCUCUACUUUGGACGAAGAAAGUGAGAUCCCAAAACAAAAAAAGAAAAAAGCCAAAGUUUCUGAACCGACUAUCUUUUAUUUUCAUCCCGAAGAUGAAAUCAUUGAACAGAUCGCGGAUUAUCAAUGUAAUUUUAAAUUAACAAAACAACAUUUAUCAUCCGAUUCAAAAAGAGCCUUUUCGGAUUUUGGCAUUGCACCCGCAAUGAAAAUAUUUUUAUUACAUAAAAGUAAAUUGGAUAAAUUAAUUAACGAUUUAGAGGUAGCUUGCAAAUAAAAAAAUCCAAGAUUUAUGAAGUUUUCACAUGUCGACAGCCUUCCCAAGUAAUUGGAACUCUACCCUCAUCUAAUUCAGCAAUUUUCUGUUUAAAAAAUUUUUAAAUUUUUAAUUAGUUUACUGUAUAUUAUGUAUUGUACAUAACGAUUGAGCAUAUAUAUAUAUACUAAUUACCUUAAAUGCCGCUGGUGACAUAUCAAUGUCUCCACGUUUACAUACCGGGCACUAACGGAAAAAAAUAUAUUAAAUUUAUUAAAACUUUUAAAUAAUAAUAAUUUUGAAUAAAUUAUUUACCUUAUCGACCAACUUUACUUUAA